UAAUGGAGUUUACACUUACCAAUUGUCUAGAAAUUUAUUUCUCUUAUCGAGAUAAAACCAAAAAAGUUAGGGAGUUCUCAGCCUGAGGCACUCUUACAUGAGAAACUUCAAAGUGAGGUGGGAAGCGAAUUCCGAAAGAACCUCGUCUCAAGCCUUUCAACCAAUUUGAGCUGCUGUACCAUUAUCUCCCCUCAUACCAAAAUGGCAUCAAGACUAUUGACAAGAAGCGCCUUAGGUAUGUGGCACAUAUGGAAUUGAAAAUUACAUGAUAAUUGCUGCUGGCUACGAUUGACUGACACAACGUAGGGGCCGCUCGUCUUCGACCAGCUCUUUCUUCCCGUACCCUCCCGGCCCUCACAUCGAUCUCGAGUUCGCGAUCCUCUUCCUCUAAUGUACCAGCAGAGGACCCUAAGCGAAAGGCACAGUCGCUUCUCGACUCCCUCCCAGGCAACUCUCUCAUCUCCAAAACUGCCAUCCUCUCCGCAGCUGGAGGUGUUUCACUAUAUGCCCUUAGCAACGAAUACUAUGUGGUCAACGAGGAGACUGUUGCUAUGUUCUGUCUUUUGAGCAUUUGGGGAUCUGUUCUUAAAUUUGGUGGACCAUUGUACUCGGAAUGGGCGACCGGUCAAGUUAACAAGAUCAAGAACAUCUUGAAUGCUGCCCGUGCAGACCACACCGAGGCCGUCAAGACUAGAAUUGAGAGCGUUCAACAAUUGGGCACCGUUGUUGAUAUCACCAAGACUCUUUUCGAGGUCUCCAAGGUAUGAUGAGCUACGGAGUAUGGAAUGUUUGGGGUGUUUUGCUAACAAAGCUUACAGGAAACUGCACAACUUGAGGCCAAGGCUUACCAACUCGAGCAACAAACCGCUCUCGCUGCCGAGGCCAAAUCUGUUCUUGACUCAUGGGUACGAUACGAGGGACAAGUCAAGAUCCGUCAACAAAAAGAACUCUCAGAAAGCAUCAUUUCCAAGAUCCAAAAGGAACUCGAGAACCCAAAGGUUUUGCAACAAAUCUUACAGCAAAGUAUUGCUGAUGUUGAGAGUACGUGACCCCUCCUACUGUUCAUAUGUAUAAUACUAAUCCGGUCACAGAGAUUGUUUCAUCCAAGGCGCAAUAGAUUAGAGAAAAGUCAUAGGCCAUUGAGCGUUUCUUUACUCUAUUCUGUUUUCAAUAAAAUACACCUGUGCCAUAGUCGACAAAAACAUUCCCUCCCAUGCCAUAAU